UUGUCACUGUCAAAAUACUAAAAUAGUUGGUUGCUGUGUUGUGCAUUACGGUGUUUAAUUAGCUGAAUUGCCAAUAUUUUAGCUUUUUUACUCAAUUUCUAACCAAGACAUAAUAAAUGAUGGACAUGUGCAGAACUUGCCUGAAAACUCCAGCUGACAAGCUUAUUUUAGAGUUGGAGAAUGUAAUAAAAGAUGGCAAUAAGAACUCUUACCACAUUAUGCUGUUUUGUUUAGAUAUAGAGGUAAUCGAAGACUCUAAAAUGACAACGAAUUUAUGUAAUAGUUGCUACAGAAAAAUCAUAUCGUUUUACAAGUUUAAGGCCCUAUCUCUGAAAAAUGAUGCAUAUUUAAAGUCUCUUAAACCAGCUGUACAAUUGGAAGACCAGAAAUUAUCUGUGUAUGUGGAUGAAAACGGAAUUAAACAAGAGAAUUGCUCAGAUCCUGAUAAUUUUGGCCCCAGCCUCGUAGAAAACUAUACAGAAUAUAAAGUAGAAUUUGAGAUUAAGGAAGACGAGACAGUAGGAGAUACAGAAAUACAUGUUAAGAAAGAAGAUGCAGAUGCAGAGUCAGACAAAGAGCCGUUGAGUGUGGUACAGAAGGUUAAAUAUGAAAAUGUCAAAAAAGAUUAUAAAGAAAAUGCAGUGCACAAAAAACAUAGGCGUCCAAAAAACGUAAAACUAUCAGAAAAAGGAAUGGUAAAAGGAGAGCGUCAAGUGUGUGAAGAGUGCGGCAAGUCUGUCCGUUACCUAAAGGAUCAUUUGAUUCUUCACCAGCGAAAGGGUGAGAGAAAGAUGGUUCAGUGUAAGGUCUGCCCGAAGCUCUUCAUUACUGUCUCAGGUCGCCAGAAACAUUACCGUAACACACAUUUAGGCUUAUCUAAUGAAAGCAAAUCUACAUGUGAUAUUUGUAGUAAAGAGGUUAAAUAUCUGAAGAAACACAUAAGGAUAAUGCAUAAUCGGGAAAGUUUACCAUAUGGCUGUGUGUCAUGUGACCGCCGGUUCCUAUGCCGUUCGACGCUUGAGAAACACAUGGCCCUACAUGGUGGCGUGCCAGAAUUACCAUUUGAGUGUGAUAUUUGCAAAAGGAGGUUCCGCACCAAGAAUUUUGUCUCAAAACAUAUACGGCAAUUUCAUUUAAAUGAAAAGAAUUAUCAAUGUGAAAUAUGUUCUAAGACUUUUUUCGAGAAACAACCAUUUAUUAAUCAUAUGGAGACGCACUCUAAGGAGCCGCUAUACAAGUGCGACGAGUGCGGCCUAGCCCUCAAGACACGGGAAACGCUGCGGAAUCACCGCCUGCUCCACCGCAAUGACCAGGAGUUCCCGUGCGAGCUAUGCUCCAAGACGUUCCGAAAACUCACCAACUUGAAGAUCCACAUGGUGACCCACACGAAGGAGAAGCGUUUCGAGUGCCGCUACUGCGGUGUGCGCUUCGGCCGCUCGCACCACCGCAGUCGACACGAGUUCACCGCGCAUCAAAAGCAGCUAAAAGACGUAUAA